AUGACUACGAUUUGGAGACAAGCUGUCGGGACUCUUAGUAGUAAGCAACUAACUCGAGGGUUACGUACCCAUGCUUUGGCUCAUUUGAAAAGAGAUGCACCUCUAGAGGGUCUGAUGAGUGUACAAGGGCUGCGUGAGGCUUGGUUUGAUAGGAGUGACGACUAUGUGAGUCGAUUGAACCAAUUGACUAAGAAUAAUACAGAAUUACAAGAGAUGUCUCCCGAACAACUGGUCACUACCCAUGCAAAAUCUAAUAAUAAGAAAGAUAUGGUGACAUAUGCAUCGCUGUUAUAUAAUUUAGAGUUUGCAAUGUCCUCCUUACAAUCAUCAACAAAGAAAAUUCCAGGCUUAAAAGAGAGACCAGGUAGCGAAGCAUUGUUAAAGACUCCUGAUGCCACGAUUUCUUUUACUAAUGAACCCGAGGUAUCUGGGAAUAAUGUGUUACAACAGGAGUUGAUUUCAUCCUUUAGAUCAUUAGUAGAAUUCAGAACAUUAUUAUUGAACUCCAAUCUUGCAAUCUCAGGGGAUGGUUUCACAUGGUUACUUGCAAGAAAAUAUAAAAAUGCGUUCGGUAAUAGUGGGGAUUCAAUGUCUGCUACUAUUGGGGCUGACACCCAAUUUGAUAAAUUGUUUGUGAUGAAUACUUAUAAUGCAGGAUCUCCGUUCAAUUUUGAUAGAAGUGGUUUAAUGGAUCAAUUGAAGAAAGAACAUUUACAAUCUCAAACUGAAACCCAAACAAUCGACAAUGAAUCCACUUUGCUAGAAUAUGCAAGACAGACCGCAUAUGUUAAUGAUACUGUAUAUAUCCCAUUAUUAGCCAUCGAUGCAUCUCCAAAGGCUUGGUUAACCGACUACGGAGUUUUCGGUAAACAGGAGUACCUUGACAGAGUAUGGGAAUCUAUCGACUGGAGAGUUGUUCAACAAAGACUUCCAAAAAAAUCUGCUAUUGUAUAUAAUUAA